CUCUCUCUCUCUCUUUCUCUCUUUCGUUCUUCGCUCCCUCACGCUUUCACACCGAUGAACACGCUGUGUAAUGAUUGCUACAUGUGGGCAACAGAAGAUAUCUCUACACAAGAACAGAGCCACGCUAAACCCGUCGGAUAAAGCAGCUUCUCCAGCCUGAAUCAAAGAGCUGUCAUCUACAACGGCAGUGAACUGUGAAGGCAAAUCAGCUCUUCACUUGUUCCAACAGUACAACUGACUGGACGAAACGGCAUUGCAAGGACAUUCAGGCCAUGAAAACUAGACUAGGGUGCCUGUCUAACAAAUCAGACUCAUGCAGCGAUUUUUCAGAAUUCCUGCCUCCUGCUCAGGAGAGAUCCACAAGAUACUUGAAGUUAUCCACGGAUGAAGUGACCAGAUGGGCAGAUUCAUUUGAUGCUCUGCUGUCCAAUAAAUAUGGUUUGGCAGCCUUCAGAACCUUCCUCAAAUCAGAGUUCAGUGAUGAAAACAUCGAGUUCUGGUUGGCUUGUGAGGACUAUAAAAAGAGCAAAUCCCCUGCUAAGAUGAUGUCUAAGGCCAAUAAGAUCUACAAGGAAUUUAUUGAUGUUCAUGCACCCAGAGAGGUUAACAUAGACCACAGGACCAGAGAGGAGACCAAACAGAGGCUUCUGGAACCAACUCCCAACAGUCUCGGUGAAGUCCAAGCUAAAGUGUACAGCCUCAUGGAGAAAGACUCCUAUCCUCGGUUUAUAAGAUCAAAGAUCUAUCAGGACUUACUGAACAGGACACAGAUAUACUGUCAGAGGAAAUCUGUUUAAAAGUGAAUGUCUAUUUGCUUGCCUGGUUAGAGGAUAUUGAGAUAAUAAAGCAGACUUUAAUUGUAAUGUAUAGCACAGUCUGUGUGUUUACAAAAUAAUUAGAUGAGAAUAAUCAAAUAAAAAAGUUCAAAAG